UUUGGUUAAAAUAUUCAAAAUGGCGGACGGAGGAGCAGCGAGUCAAGAUGAGAGUUCGGCGGCGGCGGUGGCGGCGGCGGCAGACUCAAGAAUGAACAAUCCGUCAGAAACCAGUAAACCAUCGAUGGAGAGUGGGGACGGGAACACAGGCACGCAAACAAACGGCCUGGACUUUCAAAAGCAGCCUGUGCCUGUCGGAGGAGCAAUCUCUACAGCCCAGGCCCAGGCCUUCCUUGGGCACCUUCAUCAGGUCCAGCUCGCUGGAACAAGUUUACAGGCUGCUGCUCAGUCCUUAAAUGUACAGUCUAAAUCUAAUGAAGAAUCUGGGGACUCUCAGCAGCCAAGCCAGCCUUCCCAGCAGCCUUCAGUGCAGGCGGCCAUACCCCAGACCCAGCUCAUGCUGGCCGGAGGACAGAUCACCGGGCUCACGUUGACGCCAGCCCAGCAACAGUUAUUGCUCCAACAGGCGCAGGCCCAGUUGCUGGCGGCUGCAGUGCAGCACUCAGCCAGUCAGCAGCACAGCGCUGCUGGUGCCACCAUCUCGGCCUCUGCUGCGACGCCGAUGACGCAGAUCCCUCUAUCUCAGCCAAUACAGAUUGCACAGGAUUUGCAGCACUUGCAGCAGCUUCAGCAGCAGAAUCUCAACCUGCAACAGUUUGUGUUGGUGCAUCCAACAACCAACUUGCAGCCAGCACAGUUCAUCAUCUCACAAACGCCGCAGGGGCAGCAGGGUCUCCUGCAAGCGCAGAAUCUCUUAACGCAACUACCUCAGCAAAGCCAAGCCAACCUCCUGCAGUCUCAGCCAAGCAUCACCCUUGCCUCGCAGCCAGCAACCCCAACACGCACAAUAGCAGCGACCCCCAUUCAGCCACUUCCACAGAGCCAGUCAACACCAAAGCGAAUCGACACUCCCAGCUUGGAGGAGCCCAGUGACCUUGAGGAGCUUGAGCAGUUUGCCAAGACUUUCAAACAAAGACGGAUCAAACUUGGAUUCACUCAGGGUGAUGUUGGGCUCGCUAUGGGCAAACUCUAUGGAAAUGACUUCAGCCAAACUACCAUCUCUCGCUUUGAAGCCUUGAACCUCAGCUUUAAGAACAUGUGCAAGUUAAAGCCACUUCUGGAAAAGUGGCUCAAUGAUGCAGAAAACCUCUCAUCUGAUUCAACUCUCUCCAGCCCAAGUGCCCUGAAUUCUCCAGGGCAAGGGAUCGAAGGCUUGAACCGUAGGAGGAAGAAACGCACCAGCAUAGAGACCAACAUACGUGUGGCCUUAGAGAAGAGUUUCCUGGAGAACCAAAAGCCUACCUCGGAUGAGAUCGCCAUGAUAGCUGACCAGCUAAACAUGGAGAAGGAGGUGAUCCGCGUUUGGUUCUGUAACCGGCGCCAGAAGGAGAAAAGGAUCAACCCACCCAGCAGUGGUGGAACCAGCAGCUCGCCCAUCAAAGCAAUUUUCCCUUGUCCAACCUCACUGGUGGCAACCACGCCAAGCCUUGUGACUAGCAGUGCAGCUACAACCCUGACUGUCAACCCCGUGCUCCCUCUGGCCAGUCCUGCUGUCACCAGUCUGUCAGUCACAGGCACAACAGAAACCACCUCCAACAACACGGCAACAGUGAUUUCAACAGCACCUCCAGCUUCUUCAGCAGUGACAUCACCCUCCACGAGCCCUUCCCCUUCUGCCUCAGCCUCCACUUCAGAGGCCUCCAGUGCCAGUGAGACCAGCACAACACAGACAACCUCCACUCCCUUGUCCUCCCCUCUCGGGACCAGCCAGGUGAUGGUAACGGCAUCAGGGUUGCAAACGGCGGCAGCGGCCGCGUUACAAGGAGCUGCACAGUUGCCUGCAAAUGCAAGUCUUGCUGCCAUGGCUGCUGCAGCAGGACUAAACCCAGGCUUGAUGGCAUCCUCGCAGUUUGCAGCUGGAGGUGCCUUACUCAGUCUCAAUCCAGGGACAUUAGGUGGUGCUCUCAGCCCGGCCCUGAUGAGCAACAGUACACUGGCAACUAUUCAAGGAUCGCUUCAUGGAUCGGAGAACUUUCUAACCAAAAAUGUAAAAAAAAAAAAAAAAAAAAAACACAAAAAAACUAAAAACCGCAAAAACACAAAAAAAGUGAAAGGACUACUUAUCAUUUCCAGCAGUCACAAUGACAAGUUAAGGGGUCAGAAGAAUUUGUGUUCAUCAUUUGUGCAGGAAGCUCAGUGCAGUAGUGGAGAUCAUAGUGUGCAAACUUCCAGGCUGGUCUCUGCUUUGUAAGCAGAGGUAGGAAUUUGCUCCAAACUGCCAUUCUUCUCCUCUCAAAUAUUUAUACAAAACAGCCAAAUUCUGCUCUUAGCUUCUUGUGCUUGGUUCCUUUUACUUCAGAGAGCAGGAUGUGACCUCCCGAGUGUGGAUUGUGUGACAAUACUGAUGGCUCUUCUGUUCCAGUGAUUUUGUUUUGCUGUGCAAAAGCACACACAAAUAUUUAAAAAACAUCAUGACCCAGGCUAAUUGGCACAAUGUAAAGCAGUAUUUAGAAUCCUAGAUACCCUCUAGGUGAGUUGGUACCGGAUUUCAGAAGGUCACAUUCUCCCCAUUCAUAGCAAUAUUCCUUUUCCGAUGCUUCCAACACUAUUUAGAAGAGCUUCCUAGUUUAAAAAAAAAAAAAAAAAAAAAAAAAAAGUGCUUCUGGCUGCAAAAGACAGAAGCCAGGAAUAUGGGAACAGAAGGUGCCAUUGUUAAUGCCAACACAACAAAGCCACUCUGGGGCUUUGCACACCCCGGGCUGAUCUCUCUGGUCUCUGAGCUGCGGGGCUGCUCGCGGGCAAUCGGCGCCUCUGGCCAGCAGCCGGGGCUGGCCUGGCACUGGAACUCACUUUUUAAGGUUGAUUCUGAUCUGUGGAGCAAAGGAUAUUUUUGUGGAUGAGGAAGGAGUAAUGAACUGUACAGAAGUUAGAUCCGUAUAUUCUUAAAUAUACAAUCCAGUAUCUGAACCAAAAAAGAAAAAAGAUUUUUAAAGAGAGAAGACUGGAUCACUGCAAUGCAGUUCACGUUAAACUUUCCAUUCCUGAUGGAUUUAAAGGUUUCUGCCAUGUGUAUAAAACUAAAUUACUUUUAGCUAGUGAGGGUAUUAGAAGAGUCUCUUUCCCACCCACCCCCUUUUCUUUUGUCACCAGAGUGUCCUAAAAUAAUGAGCUGAUGCAGCUAUGUUCGUUUUGUUGAUGAUUCAGGGGGAUCCUGGAGCUUCUCAUCCAAGAUCCGCAAGGCAGCAACUUUAAACUCUACACAUGCUUUGGUUUGCCUGAGCAUGUGGGAGUUGUGUUUGCACUCAAGUGGCAGAACCCCUUAUCUCUCCCCCCACUACCAUGGUUUUGCUCUGUUCAUCUCUAACUCUCCACCUUCCUGUUUUACUGAUAUUUAAACCAAUUACCCCUGAAACUUCAAAACUAGUGAACUGCAAGCAGGGAAACUAACAAAUGUCCGUCCACCUUUUCUUAUGUGUUUUUGAUUUUUUUAUGUUUUAUUUUUUUAAAACUAAGCUUGAACCAAAGUCAAUUUCUAGCAAGCUGCUGUACUAAUGGACUAGUUUGUGUAAGUGCAGUUCAGAUGCAGAGAGGCGAUAGAUGCUACUGACAAUUUCUUUUUCAUUUGUCUUUUGUUUUUAUUAAUUUUAUAUAAAAGUUGCUGCUUGUUUUUAAUCUUUUUUUUUUUUUUUUUGGUUGGUAAUUUGUGUUAUCCUUGGGGCAGACUCUUAACUUGACUUUGUUUUCUUUUUUUUGAUAUGUAAAUAGAAUGGCAAUGUCAGAGGAUUGUUAAUCCAUGAGGUCCCACCUUUAUCCCCCCAGUAGGGAUGAAUCUCUGUAUUUUUGAUAUGUCUCUACAUCUUCAGGCUGUGCAGGAGACUUUUAGGGCUAUGAAUAAUACUGCAAAAAUGGCAGUGGCCCACAGUAAAAGCUUCAGAGCAGCAACAGGUACAGCUGGGUGAGCUUCAGGGAGGUAGGGAAAAAGUAGAAGAGAAAUUGCUGGUACCCACUGUGCUGGUCUGGAGGCCACAGCACGGUCUAUAGUUUCUACCAAAGGAAUGCAAGUCCUUGGACUUGUUUUGAGUGAAGUAAGAGGAUGGGGAAAACCGCAGCUGUAGCGUUUGUUCCUGACUCUGAAAGUCCCUGCUUACUUCCACGCCUGUGCAAAAGUACAAUUUAUCAGGAAGCUUUUUUUGUUAGUGGGGGGAGACCACCGGGCUCGUCUCCGAUGGGUUCCCUCCUCCCCAAGGGUUUUGUGGCGGGGUGGGGGGCGUGGUCCUUGCAGAUAUCUAGGAAACACAAAGAAAGGUGGGCCUUAAAUCAAUGGAAAAUCCUCUCUCCACAGUUCCAGGAGACUGUGCCAUUAGCUGUCUGAAUGAGUUUUCAUGUCCCAUUCUUGCUGGUUUGUGGUUGGGAGAGGGUCUUGUUGAGUACAUAUCUGGAACACUAAUGCAGCUUGGAUGGUUUAUUUAUUAUAAAAAUCUGCUUUUUUUCCUGACUACCUUUGCAUUGGUCACAUGGCUUUGGUGUGAGCACCUUAUACCCCUGUCUUUACCUUCCUCUUCUCUACCCCAUCACCCUAUCUGGGGCCCAGAUUCCAGGGAAUUUCUUAGCGAGUUUUUUUCUGAGAGAAACUGGAAACUCAAGAGUAGCCACAUAUCCAAAAAACUUGGGUUUUUGGUUUGCAGAAACUGACAUAAUACCCAAACAGCACAUACCCCAUGGCAUCCACUGCCAGUGUGCUCUGAUUCAUUGUCCCCUAAAACAUCCCUGUGACUGACUGACUGUUGUUCCUGGAGCCUGCCUUUCAUCCCUAUCAGUGUUUUUCCUCAUGGAUGCUGGCUACCUCCAGUGUUUAGGUGAAAGACAGAAAUCAGACUGGCAGUGGGUUUACAUCUGCCAAGUUAGAGUGCAUGUGCUCCUUCAGAGAAUGAAAAGAAUAUGAGAUCAUGUACUAGAAUUUAGCAGAAGUUCCUUUUUUAAAUUAUCAUUGCGCUGGCAGCAGAAAUUGAUGCAUCUGAAAAGAAACAAUAACAAUUAGGUACAGACCCAGUAAAUAUCAUCACAGGAAGUUUGGUGGUGUGUUGGAAAAGGAUAAUAGCAUCUCUUUUUCAGACUUCCAUGUCUCUGUAUUUAAAGGUGAGAGGGUUGCUUUUCAUAGUUGCAAGCAUGUCACAGUACCCAGGAAAGAAAAGAUAAGGUGAAAAGCUCUCCCUGCAGACAGGGAUAGUUCAAAAAGCGGAAGAUUUCCAGGAACACAAACACAGAUAUGCCCAGAAGGUCAAAAACAAUUUAGAGAAUGGCUUCAGGAGUUGGUCUUGUAGCUUGGUGAUGACAUUUUUUCUGAUCUUAAGAAAAACAUGUUUUGCUUUAGCACACUUUGGCUUUAGCACACUUGGUCUCCUUAGAACCCACUCUCCACAGUCACCAUGGAAGGAUUCAUGAACAGCCCAAAGAAAGUUCACACAGGUGUGGCUGCUUACAAUUGUAACAUCUUAGAUUGCCUACAGACCAUUUAUUUUGUUUCUCAGACACUGUACGACACCUGUUAGUUGAAGUACAUUUCUAUCAGUCACUGUGAGGUAGUGUGGAUGUAACAUCUCUUAGAACUACGACCUGAUGUUCAAAUGCCACCUCUGUAAGCCUCACAUGGGGUGCUUUGACACAUUUCUGCAGUUGAGUUAGUGAAGGACACAAGAGAGUUAAUUCCUUAACUCUGUGCACAUUCCUGCAAAGCAGCAUUCCUUAAAACAGGAAUUCCCUCUUGUUUUGUUGUUGUUGCAAAUGGAGCAGCACAACCAUUACAGCUGGAGCCAUACCACAGAUACUAAACCAAAGCAACAUCUAAUUUACCUUAAAUAUUAAUUCAUAUUUUCUUAGAUAAAGAAAUAUAUAAAAAUACAAAAUUAUCUUAAAGGGACAGGUAGCUUCUCAUGGUCAUCAGAGUGUUCUAGGAUGGAUAAAAUAAUGCAUGGUCCAAACUUUCAAUGAUACUUGGUUUUAAACUGGAAGUUUAAAAUGUAGAUGUUUUUAUUGCCACAUUAACUUUACAAAGAGUCACUAUUCCCUAUUCCUGUUCUGCCUGAAAUGGUUAAAUGCUGUUUCUCCACACCCUGUACCCCAGCAGGGCCUGUCUGUCCCUGUUGGAUGUUGCCUAGGGUGGAGUAUUACCAAAGGAAUAAGCUGGCCUGCUGGCCCCCACUGCAUUUAUAUUUGUCAGUUCUCACACAGCCAAUUCAAAUCCCUUCCCUAUUUUUGCAACCAGUACAUCUGCCCUCUCCCUCCCAAAGUACUAUAGCAAUAUAGAAUUCAAUAUACCUACCUUGCACAAGUUCUGCCCUUCUCACUCAUUAAAUCUCUUGUUGCUGCUUGUGAGUUUCUUUCUUCUUUCCAGAAAGGAGUCCCCUAAAAUACUUUAAAGAUAUCCGACAGGGAAGAUUUUGUCAAAAAGUUGUUGGCUGACAAUUCAGAGUUUCUUAAGAUGCUCGUAUCUUUGUCUCCACGAUGUGAGUGGUACCUCGUUCCCCCUGUGUCAGUGCAAGUAGUUUCAGUACUUUUGGAACGAUGAAAAGCAAUUCCUCUAUUUGCAUAUCUUCACACAUGGACACAGUAAUGCACGGGAAAAAAUUAGAUUUUUUUCGACUUACCUAUCUGCAUUUGAUCUGUCUGCCACUUCUCCCAGGAUACUCCAAGUGGGGACAUGCUCUGAAUUUUUACCCCUGUUGGGAUGCUGUUAGGAGAGCCUUAGGGAGAUUGCACUGAAAUUACAAAUAGUUUAACUGUGGGAGAAAAGACAUCUUUUACUCACGUAGACAAAUAAGGUCAGCAUGUGGAACGUAUCAAGUACUUCUUUUCUGACCAAAUUCCUGAACAUGAGGCAGCUACAGAGCUUUGUCUUGGGGCUGCUUUUAGGUCCAUCAGUGAUGCCCUGCUAAGAACCGUCCAUAACUGGAAUAAUCUGGGCCCCCUUUCUCCCUGCCUGUGUCCGUCCCUCUGCCUCUUUCCCUCCUUGCUCCUUCCCCGUCUUCCCUCAGCGAAAGGUAGCACCAUACAGCUCUGAGAACAAUACUUGUGGGUAGCAGCUGGCUUCUGGCACCUUCAUAAAAUACCUCAGCAUAGCUUAGCAUUGUCGCAGAACUGGUUUUAAACUGAAAAAAUCAGAAGAGAAAAGCAAACUUUAUAAAUAGUGGAGAUAAUUCUAGCUGUAGAGUUUAGUUGAACUGAUGGUUUAUUAUGAUUGAUAAACAUGAUUAUGCUGUAUGUAUUUGAGAUCCUGUUUAUAGGUU